AGGUGUGCUUACUGGAUGUGAGGGGAAGGAAGGCGUCUCUUGGAGACCAGGGCCUUUGGACACCCAGGUCCAAAUCCUGGUAGCUCUGUGUGAAGACGAAACGUGUCAUUUCCUUGUCAGUGACAGAGGAAACAAGUACCCAAGUGGGCACGGCUUUCAGAACACCUUUAAAGCCAGGGAGCAAGUGGUCGGAGGAUGAUUUUGCCUGUGGACUUAAGAUUCUUUACCGUUUUUUGCCGAAUUUCUUUUCCUUCCUUCCAGACCAAAAGUACCGAGUUCAACCCCACCAUCUCCUGUCACAAUCCGUCGGAGUGCCUCAGUACCAUCGAACGCGACACCUUCACUCCCACCCCAGGCUGUGCGUCCCUCCCCACCGCAGACUUCGCCCGGAAAACCUGGGCCGUCUUUGCUCUCCGGUGCCCCGGCUACUCCAGAGUUCAGAUAAAUAGUUUGCAGGAAGUGAAGAAAGGAGAAGACACAACCAAUAACUGCCUGGAAAAAGCCUCACACUUACUAGGAUUGUGGCGUCGUUUUAGUCGAAUUUCAGAAGAAUAAGCAUCUGUGCCACAGUCAUAUUUCACAUCGAAAUAAGUUAUCCUUAUUAAAAAGAUAAAAUAUUACCUCUAACUGCAACAUUUCAGACAAGAUCGGGCACGUUCAGGGUGGUAUGGCCGUAGACUAACUGCAACAUUUCAAAGACCACUGAUAGUUAUUUUUAAUUACAGAGAUUUCUUGAUUUUUAUAAGUUUUUAUUUUUUAAUGUAGGUUUUUAAUUCAGGGAAAGUUUCAUCCCUCAAAUGUCCAGGGAAACAUCUGUAACAUUGAUGAUUGGCUUCCUGGCAGUAAUUCUCAGCUGGAACUGCAGAAGUCUUACUCAGAGGGAAAACCCCAAAGUGUAGCAGGAGAACAUUUUCCCUUGAGUAAAGAAAAAAAUUGAACUCAGUGAAAACAUUACACCCUUUGUUUAAAAGAAAGGCACUUCUGCUUGUGAUGAUAAUUCCUUUGUUUUCAUACUAGAAAUUUAUGAAGGAAGAAAAUAUAAGCCAAAAGGAGUACACAUAUAGUUGUUAAUAUGAUAAAGCAAUUUGAAAGAAUUUUAAGCAAAAUAAAAGCAUUCUAAGCCAACUUUUAAAAAUUGUCUAGCAGACAAGAGUGAUAUAUGUAAAAAGAUUCUGAAGAAGUACCUUUAUUAUAGUUCUAAUAUAUAUUUUAAAAUAAUGGAAUGUAUUUUUAAUUUAUAUUGUAAGCACUUUUGAAAAUGUACAUUUGUUCAUAAUUAACACUAUAUUUCUUAAUAAAAUAGUUGUGAAUUAAUUUUUAUGAGUGAUUUUUCGAAUUUAGUCAGCAGACCAUUUUUUUUAAAUUUUCUUAUUAACAGUAAUGAUAAAUAUUUGUGGGCUACAGUGUAACAUGUCAAUAUACAUAUACAAUGUGUACUGAUCAAAUCAGGGUAAUCAACAUUUCUACUUCUUUAACAUUAAUUUAUGAUUGAAGUCUUGAGGCAUUUUUCUUCUGUUGUUCAUGAAAUGUGUGCUAGGUUAUUGUGAACUACAGUUACUAUGUUGAGUAACACUGGGAACAGACUCCUUUCAUCUAAUUCCAAUUUGGUACCCAUUAACAAAACUCCCUCUACAUAUCCCUAUCACUCCCAACCCCCAGUUAAUCAUCAUUCUGUGUUCAGAUUGAGUUUUUUGUGGGUUUGUGUAUUUUUUCGCUUCCACAUAAAAGGAAGAGCAAAAGUAUUUAUCUUUCUGUGCCUGGCUCCUUUCACGUUUCAUUCUUUUUAUGGCUAAAUAAAUAUACCACACAUUCUUCAUCUAUUCAUUGGAUAAUGGACACCUUGGUUGAUUGCAUAUCUUGGCUACAAUUGUGCUGCAAUAAAAAUGGUGGAGCAUGUAUCUCUACAGUACACUGAUCUCAGGUCUUUUCAAUAUAUACCCAGUUAUGGGACUACUGGAUCAUAUGGCUGCUGGAUACACUUUCCACAGUAGCUGUGCUAAUUGACAUUUCCACCAACAGUGUGUAAGUAUUCCUCUUCUCCACACUGUCACCAGCAUUUGUUACUUUAUUUUUGUUAAUAUCAUCCUAACAAUGAAUACCUGAUAUCCCAAUGUGUGUAUGUGUGUGUGUGUGUGUUUGACAGGCAGAGUUAGACAGUGAGAGACAGACAGACAGACAGAAAGGUCUUCCUUUUUCUGUUGGUUCACCCCCUAAGUGGCCGUCACGGCUGGCAUGUUGCGGCUGGCGCACUGCGCAGAUCAGAAGCCAGGAGCAAGGUGCUUCCUCCUGGUCUCCCAUGCGGGUGCAGGGCCCAAGCACUUGGGCCAUCCUCCACUGCCGAAUCUGGUGCCCCAACUGGGACUAGAACCUAGGAUGCUGGCACCACAGGUGGAGGAUUAGCCUAGUGAGCCAUGGCGCUGGCCCUAAUGUGGUUUUGAUUUACAUUUCCUUGAUAGCCAGUGAUACUGAGCAUUUUUUCAUCUAUCUGUUGGCAAUUUAUAUUUGUUUUUGCCAAAUGUCUUAAGUUUCUGGUAUGUUCUAGAUAUUAAUCCUUUAUAAGAUAAGUAUCUUGCAAACAUUCUCUCCCAUUUGUAGGAGGUAUCUUCACUUUAUUGAUUGUUUCCUUUGCUGUGCAGAAGUUUUUGAGUUUGGUACAGUUUCAUUUGUCUAGUUUUGCUUUUGCUGCAUGUUCUUUAGGGGUCUUAUCCAAAAAAUCAUUACUUACACCACUGUAUUGAAUUUUUCCCUGUACUUUUUUUUCUAGCAAUUUGAUAGAUUCAGGUCUUACAUUUAAGUUUUGAUCCUUCUAGUGUUGAUUUUUAAAUAUGGUGAGAUGUGGGGUCAAUUUCAUUCUUCUAUGCAUGUGUACCCAGUUUUGCCAGCACCAUUUAUUGAAAAGAUUAUCCUUUUCCAAUGUAUGUUUGGCUAUGUGGAGAAUACCACAGGAGUCUCAAAAAGAGUCACGGAUCACUGCUUACCUGAAAAGGGGAUGAACUGUGGAAACACAGUAAAACAUAGAGUUAAAAAAGCUGGCGCCACAGCUCACUUGGCUAAUCCUCCACCUGUGGUGCCAGCACCCUGGGGUUCUAGUCCAAGUUGGGGCACCAGAUUCUGUCCCAGUUGCUCCUCUUCCAGUCCAGCUCUCUGCUGUGGCCCGGGAAGGCAGUGGAGGAUGGCCCAAUUGUUGAGGCCCUGCACCCCCACAUGGGAGACCAGGAGGAAGCACCUGGCUCCUGGCUUCAGAUUGGCGUAGUGCACGCCGGCCGUAGAGGCCAUUUGGGGGGGUGAACCAACGGAAAAGGAAGACCUUUCUCUCUCUCUCUCACUGUCUAAGUCUGCCUGUCAAAAAAAAAAAAAAAAAAAAGUUACCACUAGCCACAAAAUAAAAGUAAAGUGGAGUUAAAAGUCAGGAGCUGAGGCAAUACCUAACGGCUGUUAGGGAGACGCUCCUAAUCAUACCAAGCAGACAUCUCUGGUCAGUCAGAUAACAGUGCACUAUGGACAAUACCCUCCUACCCACGCUGACUGGACUGUUCAAACAUAACUAAGGCAGGAACAGUAUUGACUGGACUGUUCAACUGCAAUCAAGGAGAAAACAGCAUUGAUUGGACAACAAAUCGGCAAGCUGGAGGACUGCUGGAAAAUGAGGAUAAAAAGGGGAGCCCUUGCACUGCUCUCCAUCCUCUCAGGGAUCAUGCCCAGUUUGUGUGAACCUCUGGAUCUCCACACAUCUGGAGCUGAAGAGGCAGCCCGUUACUCUUCAUGGAGCAGAUAGCGGCAGAAGCCGACAAUGGACAAAAGGCCCAGUGUGUGUGAACCUCUGGAUCUCCACACAUCUGGAGCUGAAGAAGCAGCCUGCUUCUCUGCGUGGAGCAGGCAGCGGCACAAUCUGACCUGCAGAGCUGUCCCUGAGCUGUAAUACCCCACUGUCUGUGUGAGUGUGUGUGUGUGUGUGUGUGGCCCAGAGUGAACCUCUGGAUCUCCUCGCACUUGGAGCUGAAGAGCUAGCUCACUAGCCCCCUUGCUAAGCAACACAAGGCGACUAUGGAAUCAAAACUCCAGCCGAGAUGCCGCCUCACCACCUUGCCUGAAGUCCUUAUUAGCCUGCUGCCAGAGUUGACCACAGAGCUGGACCAGGCCUCUCAGCAGGGGACCUCUCCAACUUCUCACCUUGCCCUCCACCUGGGAACUUUGAGUCUACUGCCCAGAGUGACAGCCUUCUCAUGACUUCCUGCCUUUAAGUAACUGAUCCAAGAUCCAUCUCUGCUGAGACGUUGAGCUCUGGACCUUGAACACUGACACUCUUUUUCGUGACUGUGAUAUGAGCCUUGAAAAUGCAGCUUUUACAAAUAAUGUUAGUUAUGUGUAAUAUAAUAUAACUAUGCUUUGACCCUAUGUUUUGACCCUAUGCAAGGUAUCUGCAAAUAAUGCUGGAGACCUUGAUGUACAUAUACUAUUAUAAUUGGAUAGCCCUCAAAAUUACGUUAACACUGUAUACUGUGAUCUGUGGAUUAAUGAAUAAGCUCAAGUAGUAUUACUGAUAUUGAUAUUAAUGGUAGUGAUUCCAGUAGUCCUGUAGCCAUUAAGGAAAUAGUGUUACUCUGAUAGUUAAGUGUUAUUAUAGUAAGUUAAGUAGAAGAUAAGUAGUUAUGUUAAGCUAAGUAGUUAAACUAAGUAGUUAUGUUAAGUAAUUAAGUUAUGAUUAAGUGGUAGUGUUGUUAAUUUAAGUAUAUUGAUACUGAUACGUGUAUUGACCUAAAUGAGCAUGCUGAUGAGUAGUGUGAUAAAAAAAAAAAAAAACCCUGGUGUGUAAGCAAUAAAAUCUCUCAUUGGAAAGACA